AUGAGCCAUCCUUCUCCCAAGAAGAAGAGCGGCGCCAGUCUUCCUCCCCAGCCUCGCCAGAUCCGCUUUGUCUCGACCGAUGAUGUCGAACCUGUCGCAAGCGCAAGAUCCGAUGCUCGGGCGAGCAACCCAGUUCGUGGCCCUCGAUGCUCCUUCUGCUUCUGCGAGCGACGUCUUCUGACUUGGCCUGCAGCGUGCAAAACCUGUCUGGACUACGGUUACACUUGUCUUGGAUACAACGAGCCCGCGCAAUCCCAAUCCCAACCCCAGACUCCGUCGCAGCCCCCAGCGAGGAUCAGUCAGCCCGCUCAUGUUGAAGACGACGGCGAGAAUAAUAAUAGGAAUGCCCGAGCGACGCCAAUUCGUUCGCCAGGGACGCCCCAGGCCACGUUGCCGCCGCCGCCGCCGCCGCCAACUGGCAAUAACAACCAGUCCCCCAACUCACCGAAAUCGUCCAAACCACCCGACGCCUCCGAGUCGAAAGUCGUUCCUUUGACCAAAGACACCCUCGCAAAAGCCAAUAAAGAACAGGGAAAUGCUGCGGGGGAGAGUCCUGAGAGCAAAUCGCUUUCUUCGGUGCGGAGCCCUCGACCUAAUACCACCGGAGGCACUUCUUUAGCUGCCGCCCUGGGCGAUCUGGGAGAUGCCAAUUCCAUUCCUUUCUACGACCGUGACGACAACUUACCGACGAGCAAUCUGGUUAUCCAUCUGUGCGAGCUAUUCUUCGUCCAUUUGGGUUGCAGCUUCCCCUUCCUCCAGCGCGAUCGGUUCAUGAGAGACUUGAAAGAAAAGAAGAUCGAUACUAUCCUAGUGGAUGCAGUCUGCGCGUUGGCGGCCCGAUUCUCUCCACACCCGUUAUUGAGCCCUCCUCAAGCCCGGCCGAUUGAUGGCACCGAGCCUCAGCCUGAACAAGUCAAAAAGUCCGACCAUGGCCAGCCGUUCGCUCACCGGGCCAUGACUGCCGUUGUCGAUGCCUUGUCAUGUCCAACGUUAUCUGUCGUGCAGGCCUGUCUACUGCUAGCGUAUGAGGAAUUCGGCUCGAAUCACGACAGUGGACUCUGGAUGUAUCUGGGCAUCUCCAUCCGGAUGGCACAAGACCUAGGAAUGCAGAAACUUCAAGGCUUGAAGCACAAGUACGGGCGCACCGGUCUGACUCCGAAGGCCAUCAUCAGUGGCCAGGCGAGCAAGCUGCCUGUGGAGGAGUACGAGAGUCCCCAGGCCUCAAAAGCAAGCGAGGAGGGUGAGGACGAGAGUACGGCGGACGAACGGGCGAGGGAACGGGAGAGAGUGGACACGUUUUGGAGCAUCUUCUUUCUCGACCGGGUCAUAUCGUCUGGUACAGGAAGGCCGGUGACAUUGCGCGACGAAGAUAUCGAGCUGUACUUUCCGCUGCAGUCCGAGUCUCUGCUUCCCAAUGGCUGGCCAGCGCCGUUUCCACCCCUGAUCAGGAUGAUCCAUCUGUACGGGAGAGUCACCGACUUGAUCAAUGGAAUUCAAGACAACAACAUCGAUACCGAUACAUUGAAGCGGCUGGCAGCUAUGGAAAGCGACCUCACUGGUAUCUAUCAACGCCUUUCGCCAAAGCUUCACUUUAACGCAGUGAACUUUCAGACCUAUGUGAGAGCGCAGGAAGGAACCAAUUUCAUCCUCCUUCACUUUUGGUUUCAUACGUUGAUUGUCCUCCUGCAUCAACCGACCCUUCUGAAUUCGUUUGGAGGACGAAUGCAGCAACUCUACCCCAACAGCCGAGAGCUGUCCAUGUCGUCGGCCAAGACAAUUGCAGAUAUCUUGUCGUUCUCAGAACUCAUCGAUGCGAAAAGCUUCAUAGGCAAUCCUUUCACGAGUCAGCCGAUGUACAUUGCCGCAUGUGCCUUUCUGAUGGAGAGUGCCUACUACACGUCGCUUGUGGAGAAUACGCAGUCUUCUUCUCCUGGUUCUCGAGCGGGCACUCCGCCGAUUCUGAUGACGACGCAAUCAUCCGGCGCGUUCUCCAUGGACAGUUCCAAUGACUCGGAGCGCAGGUCCAAUACGAAACACAUCCUCCUGGCUUCGGCGGCGAAGGAAAACUAUCAGCGGUGUUACAAAGCGCUGCAAUCUUUGGAAACCUACUGGGAGGGUGCCAAAUAUAUCCUGACUGUGCUGGAUCAGAAGGCGAAAGGAAUCCCAGAUCCUCUAUUGUACACGGCUGAGGAGAUGGAAGGCGCCGUGGAACCAGCCCCGGUUCAAUCGUUUACCCCUAGCAACUGGCGGAAAGGAAGCGCUCAGACCGAGAAUCCCGACACGAAACGAUCGGAUGAUCCCCAGUCGUCAACUCAACAGAGAGGUGCGCCAUCCGAAGGAGGAUGGUCCCCGAAGAUCGAUCCAAGUCAAGCUAUUGGAUGGGCGCUCACUGGGGCUACCAACUCGUCGCAACCCAAUCUCAGCUUGCUGUACCAGAUGCCCGCUCCGCAAGCAGGGUCGGAGACCCAAGUUCCGACUGCGUACAGUCAAGGCUUCUCCACUGCCACGGCCCAAACAUCCGAAACGCGGCGCAAUCCUGAUUCAUCGUAUCCACAAUUGGUGUCUUCAUAUUCGUCGACAACGAUGACACGACCCUCUUCCGUCGCUGCUGAAGCUCAGAAAUAUCCAUCUGCUGCGGCCCACUCGAGCACGAACCUCCUUCUUGGAAUGAAUAAUCCCUACGCCGGCUCCAGCACCCGAACGACCUCGCCCGGUUCUCAGGGUGUUUACAAUCCGAAUCUCGCCGCGUCGCAGAUGGCCGCUGAGUCGGCAUCGUCCUUCAAUUACGGGGUGUCCCACCAGCAGCUGCCAAACACGAGCAACAACACGGUCCUCGGGGGGCCAGGUGGGAUGACCUCGCAAGUGGGGGACAUGAUGAUCGAGAGCCAGGACAUCGACGUGAACACGCUGCAGCAGAACCAGGACACGUUCCCGUUUUCGUUUUCCAACGACUUUAUCCCGUGGCUGGAGUAUCUCCCUCAGGACGUGCUCAGCUUUUUUGAGGAACAGCACCAAGAAGGCUGCACCACCACGACGCCUAUGAUGGGAGGAGACGGCCAGCCAGGCCCUCCUCCUCCUCCUCCUGCUCCACCACAGCAAUAA